UCAAGAUGGCGGAGGCAAAUCGCAGAACAUCGCGGUUGAGCAUAAAACAUGUAUUUUCGGGAACACUUGUGCACUCUACUGCAGCCAAUAGAAUGGAAAUAUGUCCAAAGAGGAUUAUAGGAGUUGAUCAUGACGGAAAGAUAGUUUUUAUUGAUAAUGCUUCUUGUAUGGAGGAACUUGCUGAAAGGUUUGGAUUUAAUGAGAGAGAUGUAAUCACCCUAAAAGAGAACAGACAGUUUUUGAUGCCUGGAUUAGUUGAUACUCAUAUUCAUGCUCCGCAGUAUAUAUUCACUGGAACAGGCUAUGAUGUGCCUCUCCUACAGUGGCUUGAAAAGUAUACAUUUCCCUCUGAAGCAAGAUUUGCAAACAAAGAAUUUGCUCAGAAUGCAUACAGAAAAGUUGUGGAAAGGUUACUCAAGAAUGGAACAACCACUGCAUCAUACUUUGCAACUAUUCACUAUGAUGCUACAGUAGUCCUCUGUGAUGUUAUAGCUGAACUUGGACAAAGAGCAUAUGUAGGAAAAGUUUGUAUGGACAGGAACAGUCCAAACUACUACAUUGAGGGAACAGAGGACUCAGUUAAGAAUGCUGACAGGAUUAUUACCUAUAUAUUAGGGAUGAAGAAUCCACUCAUUACUCCUGUCAUCACUCCAAGGUUUGUUCUGAGUUGCACCUCAGACCUGAUGAAGAAGUUAGGGAAUCUUGCAAAGGAUUACAACCUCCCCAUACAGAGUCACUUAAAUGAAAAUAAGAAGGAAAUAUCGUUGGUUAAAGAAGAAUUUCCAAAUGAGAGCUAUACUGCAGUGUAUGAUAAGCAUAAUCUUCUUAAUGGUAAGACAUAUAUGGCACAUUGCUGCCACUCCACAGAAGAGGAAAUUAAUCUUAUGUUAGAAAGAAAUUCUGCCGUCGCUCAUUGUCCGACAUCAAAUUUUAACAUUCGAAGCGGUGUGGCUGAUAUCAGACACUACUUGAAUAAAAAGAUCAAAGUUGGAUUAGGGACAGAUGUUUCUGGUGGAGAAUCACCAUCGAUGUUGGUAGCCAUUCGUGAUUGUGUCAAAGCCUCCAAUGUAAUCAGUUUUGGCAAAUCUGAGGAAUUCACAGCCCUAACUUAUGAAGAAGCUUUCUUUCUUGCUACUUUAGGUGGUAGUCAAGUGCUUGGACUUGACGACAAAAUAGGAAAUUUUAAGGUCGGCAAAGAUUUCGAUGCAUUAUUAAUUGACGUGGAAGUUCCAGAUUCCCCAUUUGAUUGUUUUGAUGCAGAUGAUUCAAAGGAUGCAGUCCAAAAGUUUCUUUACCUUGGAGAUGACAGGAACAUUCGACAGGUUUACGUGGCGGGCAAACUUGUGACAGGAGAAGAUUUCAAAACCCAAAGUGAAGUGGUGUAUAUUGAAAUCGAUGACUGACUGCUCAGGAGUUUAGUUUACCGUAGAUCCUCGAAUAAUUGUACAGAGCGCUUAUUUCAGAUCUGGGAUGAACCGGGGAGGGGAUGGUGGAAGGCCUUUAUUAAACCUUAAGCGCUGGUUUCACUUUCUCAAAUUGGCCACCGUGUUAGCAUUAGAAACGUCAGCCUCAAUAACUCUUUACGGUGGCCAAUUUACAUUAUCAACUCAGUUGAUAAAACCGUUCUAUCCUGUAAUACCCUCUCUAAUGGAGGGGGUUCUUUAAAAACUUACCCCCUUUAUUCAGUAAUAUGUAAUUUUUGUAAGGUGAUAUUCAAAUAUGAACUUAAAGAAUUUUUCAGAGCCACGAUCGGCGCUUAUGGUGACUUUACCAAACCUAACGUGUGUUUAACGGCGACGUGACGUAAGAUGUGAUAAUGUAGCAAUUAGUGUUGGUAGUGCUAUUUGUAUUAUAAGUUUUAAAAAAUUGUUAGAAGCGGUUUGUAAGGUAAAAGAGUAGGUAUGCUAUCAUCUGUACGUAAUUCUUCUGUAAGUAGGUUUAAAUACUGUAUAUUUGCGUUGCGCGUAUAUUAAUGUAACUAGCGCAAGUAAUUCAAUGUACUCCUAGUUUGUUGUCGUCGUAUGUAGAUGUAAAAUCCAUUCUUCUUCACAUAAAUGUGAGAGGGCACUACCAGAGAUAUUGUAAUUCAAGCGGAAGUAUGCAGCAUUGUGAUUUCUGAAAAGUAAUGUUUAUUUGUGACAUAAAGUUUAAAGCCGAAUAAAAAAGUCAUUUUCCAUU